GAAGGAUUCAGAAGCCACAGUUUCAGAGAAGCUGAUCAGCUCCAGAAAGCAGGAACAUCAUCCUACAGCCCUUGACCUGCAGGAAAAGAGCCUGCUAUUCAGCUCUACAGAAAAUGGAGCUGCUAUCAACACCUCACAACAUCAAAAUCACCAACAUCACCUGCGACUCUUUCAAGAUCUGCUGGGACACGGAUGUGAAGGACAGGGAGCGCAUCACACAUUACUUUGUGGACCUCAACAAGAAAGAAAACAAGGAUUCCAAUAAAUUCAAGCACAGAGAUGUCCCUACCAAGCUGGUGGCCAAGGCUGUGGCACUGCCGAUGACUGUGAGAGGGCACUGGUUCCUGAGCCCCCGCACAGAGUACAGCGUCGCUGUCCAGGUCGCCAUCAAGCAGAGUGAUGGAGAAUACCUCGUGUCUGACUGGAGCGAGGUGGUGGAAUUCUGCACUGGAGAUUAUUCCACUGCCCACUUGAAACAGUUGCUGGAGAAAGCAGAAGUGAUUGCUGGACGAAUGCUGAGAUUCUCGGUCUUCUAUCGGAAUCAGCACGAAGAAUACUUUGAAUACAUAAGGAUGCACCACAAUGGUGUCAUGCAACCCUAUCUGAAGGACAGCAGUGGCAGCCAUGGCUCCCCGGUCAACGGCACACUGCACGGGAUCUUCUUCAGCUGCAACACUGAGUUCAACACCGGCGAGCCGCAGAUGGACUCCCCCUACGGCCGGCUUCGGUUCCGGGUGGAUGCCGAGCAGCUCUUCAACUCCGGCACCAACCUCUACUUUGCCGACUUCUACUGCAUGUAUACGGCCUACCACUAUGUCAUCCUGGUGCUCGCGCCUAAGGGUACCGCUGGCGACCUGUUCUGCCGUGAGAGGCUUCCCCUGCUGGACAGCGCCCACAACCCCUUCCUGACCUGCACCCAGGACCCCGAGGGCCGGCUGGUCUUCCACCAUGCCCAGGACCUCAUCUUGGAACUGAUCUAUACCCAGCCACUCAGCUUGGCCUUGGGCACCCUUGGCGAGAUCGGCGGCCACCAGCUUAUGAGCCUUUCCACUGCCGACGCCAAGAAGGACCCCAGCUGCAAGACCUGCAACAUCAGCGUUGGGCGUUAG